AUGGAGAUGAUGUCUUUAAGUAUUGUUUUAUGGCUCUUGGUGCUUGUAGUCGUGGUUUUUUUAUCAUCUGGGCGUCCUGUUGUUGUUAUUGAUGCUACCCAUUUGAAAGGAAAGUAUAAGGGUGUGAUGUUUGUUGUUGUGACGAAGGAUGGAAAUGAACAGGUUUUCCCAUUAGCUGUUGGAUUGGGUGAUAAGGAGAAUGACAGUUCAUGGUUAUGGUUUCUUACACGGUUGAAACGUGCUUUUGGUGUUUUAGAGAACAUGUUAUUUGUUUCAGAUCAGCAUAUCAGCAUAAAGAAUGUUGUUGAAGCUGUGUUUCCUGGAGUUCCUCAUGGCCUUUGCACGUAUCAUUUGCAGAAGAACCUUGCAAGAUAUGGUGUAAAUGUUGUAGCUAUGUUUCAGAGAGCUGCAAAUAGCUACAGGAGGGAGCAAUAUGAUUUGUAUUUUGGGCAAUUGGCCUUGGUUCGUGACAAAGGUGCAUAUAGGAAGUUGAUGGAUCUUCAUCCUUCUAGAUGGGCACGUAGUCAUUGUAGAGUUCGUAGAUAUAACUUCAUGACGUCUAAUUGUGCCGAGGUAUUCAAUGGUAGGCUUCGAUGGGGUAGGAGAUUGCCCGUAUGCACCUUUCUAGAGUUUGUGAGAACAAUGAUAUGUCAUUGGUUUGCAAAAAGGCGUAGCAAGGCUUUUGCAAGAACUCAACCGCUUACAGAGUGGGCUGCAUUGAAACUAGACAUCUCAGUUGAUGAAGGUCGGAGAAUGGAGGUUAAUGCAAUUAAUGCAUUCAAAUUCACACUUUCUUCUAGUGAUCGAAACUAUGUUGUUGAUCUUCGUGCUAGGAGUUGUUCUUGUCAUGAGUUUGUUCUUGUCAUGAGUUUGAUCUUGACUUGA